AUGGAAUUAGAACUUGAUCUUUCUUUUUUUUACAAAACAACUAUUUUGCCUGAAUGUGUUCUUAUUUUUUGUCUAAUAAGUAUUUUAAUAUUAGAUUUAAUUUUAAAAAUAAAAGAUAAAAAUGUAUUUUUUUUUAUUUCUUUAGUAAGUUUAUUAUUAAGUAUUUUUAUUUUAAUAUUUCAAUUAAAAGAAGAACCCGUUAUUAGUUUUUUAGGCAAUUUUCAAGCUGAUAAUUUUAACAAAAUAUUUCGAAUUUUUAUAGCAUUAUGUUCAAUAUUAUGUAUUCCUUUAUCUAUUGAUUUUAUUAAAUGUACAAAAUUAGCAAUAACAGAAUUUCUUAUUUUUUUAUUAACUGCAACUAUCGGAGGAAUGUUUUUAUGUGGUGCUAACGAUUUGAUUACUAUUUUUGUAUCUUUAGAAUGCUUAAGUUUAUGUUCUUAUUUAUUAUCCGGUUAUACUAAAAAAGAUGUGCGAUCUAACGAAGCGGUUAUGAAAUAUUUACUUAUAGGUGGAACAAGUUCAUCUAUUUUAGCUUAUGGUUUUUCGUGGCUUUACGGUUUAUCUGGAGGAGAAUUUCAACUUCAAAAAAUAGCAGAUGGGCUUGUUAGUACAGAGAUGUAUAAUUCUUUCGGAAGUUUGCUUGCACUGGUAUUUAUUAUUGUAGGAAUUGGAUUUAAACUUUCUUUAGUACCUUUUCAUCAAUGGACUCCUGAUGUCUAUGAAGGAUCCCCUACCCCAGUCGUUGCUUUUCUUUCAGUUGCUUCAAAAAUAGCGGGUUUAGCUUUGCUAGUUCGUCUUUUUAAUAUUGUUUUUCCUUUUCUUCCUAAUCAAUGGCAUUCACUUUUAGAAAUAUCAGCUAUUUGUAGCAUGAUAUUGGGUAAUUUGGUAGCUAUUACUCAAACAAGUAUGAAGCGUAUGCUUGCAUAUUCCUCAAUAAGUCAAAUUGGAUAUUUAAUGAUUGGAUUAGUUACAGGAAAUUUUGACGGAUAUACAAGUAUGAUAGUUUAUUUAUUAUUUUAUAUAUUUAUGAAUUUAGGAACUUUUGCUUGUAUUAUCCUAUUUGGAUUACGUACAGGAACAGAUAAUAUUCGUGAUUAUAGUGGAUUAAUUUUAAAAGAUCCGUUAUUAACUUUUUCUCUUGCUUUAUGCUUAUUGUCUUUAGGGGGUAUUCCCCCUUUAUCUGGUUUUUUUGGAAAACUUUAUUUAUUUUGGUGUGCUUGGAAAACUGGUUUAUAUUUUUUAGUUUUUAUUGGUCUUUUUACAAGCGUUAUUUCUAUAUAUUAUUAUUUAAAAAUAAUUAAAUUAUUAAUUACUACAGAAAAUAAAGAAGUAACUUCUUAUGUACAAUCUUACACCGUUUCUUCUUUUUCGCUUCUCUCAAAAAAUUCAAUUGAAGUUAGUAUAAUUAUAUGUGUAAUUGCUUCUAUAUUUUUAGGAAUAUUUAUGAAUCCAAUUAUUAACAUCCUUCAAAUUAAUUUACAUUUAAACACUUUUACAAAUAUUUAA